UGGAGGGAUCUGGGACUUAUGGAGCACGUGGACUUCACGAGGGAUCGGCUGGUCGAGAGUUUCUUGUGUGCCCUUGGACUCUCUCAGGAACCACGGCUCAGCUCGCUCCGUAAAUCUCUCACCAAAGUCGUCAUCUUGAUACUGGUGAUCGACGAUAUCUACGACCUUUAUGGUUCGUUGGAAGAGUUGGAAUGCUUUACCAGCGCCAUUACCAGGCGGGACUCGGAGCAGAUUCAACAACUUCCCGAGUGCAUGAAGGUGUGUUUCCGAGCGCUUAACGAUGUUAUUCACGAGAUCGCUUAUGAUAUUGGCAAAGAUGAAGAUUGGCAUCGAGUGGUACCACAUCUCGCGAAAGCCUGGGCAGACUUUUGCAAAGCCCUACUUACUGAAGCAAAGUGGGACAGUAUGGGCUACACACCAUCGCUGGAAGAGUACUUGAGCAAUGCGUGGACAUCAUCUUCUGGACCACUGAUCAUGUCUCACGCUAGUUUCUUUGUGGGACAUAUGAAUUUGGAGGAUGUAGCAGAUUUGCUGGAGAGAAACAAGGAUCUGAUUUAUAAUGUGUCCAUGAUAAUUAGACUCUGCAACGACCUUGGAACGUCAACGGCCGAAAGAGACAGAGGAGAUGCUCCAUCGUCUGUGGUGUGUUACAUGCGAGAAGCGAAUGUUCCGGAAGACAUCGCUAGGAAGCACAUCAAGGAAUUGAUAAACCAGGAAUGGAAAAGCAUCAAUGCUUAUUGCUUCAGCAAUGCCGAGACGCCCUUUGUCCGAACCUUCAUUGAUGUCACCGUGAACGCGGCUCGCGUUGCGCAUAUGCUUUACCAGUUCGGAGAUGGGUUUGGCGUCCAGGACGGUGAUAUUAGGCGGCAAAUUUUAUCUUCAGUGAUCCACCCUGUCGCUCUUAACUGAGAUAGCGCAAGUGUAAUCACAAAGCAAGUGCGUAAGCUAGACUAGCUGCUGCCGGUCGAAGGAUUUGAGUACUCCACGCAAAUUGUAUCCUAUGCUGCAUAAUCAUUUACUUGGGUUUACAAUGGCCAAAUCUCUGAAAGAUGUCCAUGUUACAAUAUCGCACAAAGUAACCAUGUUCGUAGUCGGUCUGAUCCACAUGAAUUGCACUCUGAAAAGAAAUACUCAAGAUCGUACUAAUCUGACCCUUCUCAUUUGAUGCGACAUUGAAUGUUGUAAUUGGCCGGUGGUGGUACAUUA